GGUUCAGCGAGAGCUGUUUGCCCCACCCCACCUCUUCAGUGCUGGCUAUCCUCACUGCCCUGGUCCUGGAGGAAAAAAAGAGAGAAGAAUAGCGUAGAAAAUACAGUCUUUUCGCGGAGCUCGCACAUCAGCCCGUUCGCCGAGGGACUUCCACGGCAGGAGUGGAGGAAUGUGACGAACGCCGUUCUGUUCGCCAGUCUUCGUGCACGUGCGCGAACGUAGCUACUUCGAAUCCCUGAAAGAACACAAAGCUGAGGCUGUCAGUGGACGAGCCAGUUAGCUGUACGAAUAUGGAGGAAAGCCGAGAGAUUCGCGUCGUUUUGCCAUUUUAGCGCAUUAGGAUCACGACGAGCGCUGCUUUUGGGCUAGUAGGGACUCGGCUGACAAGGCUUUCCGACGCUAAAGGACGUACAUGUAUUGAAUCUGAAGAGAAGCCCGAGAAGGCCCCUUGGAUUGGGGGAAAAUCAGCAUAGAGCAGCAGCCAUCGCAGAAACGGCGAAAGGAGGAAAAAAAUUGAAUUAUUUCCCCAACACCGAACGACAUACACGGAGCCUUAGCGCAAAAUACGUGAUCCUUUUAUGGAAUUCCGGCUUUUUGAGAGGGAAUGAACAGCGCUAGAAGGAUACGCAUGCAGUUCGUGUAGUUUAAAUAAUUUCGCUUGUCUGGCUAGCUAGCUAGGCUAGGCUAGGCUAGGCUAGGGCCGCCUCUGCGUGGAACGGGGCUGCGACUAGGAAACGAGGAGAGAGAAACACGGCCUUGUCGGUGUUGAAAUGUUAAGAAAUAAACAGGACCCGUCUCCGUCUCACUCGGCAGUGCACAAAAAAUCAAAACGAGCUAUUUUCUCAGUCGGAUGCUCCAGUACGUAGGGCGAAUCCUCUUCGUGACAUGAAAUUAUCCUUCGUUGUUCGCUAUUGGAAAGUUGAGGGUGGAGGCCUCGAGUGAUCAAUGUAUGGAUGGAUAAUAACCUUCAUCUUCGUCUAGGACAUAAACUUUAGCUUGUAAAAAGCGAAGACCUAUUCAAACGCUCGAGAAGGAUCGUCGUUAUUUAAAAAGUAGGCUAAUGUCCCCUUUCACCCAGAGCUAUGAAAAACGCGCAUAAUGAACUUAUUAGUUACACAGCAAUGUCAUCGCUGAAAUAACAGCGGAGGUAGGCUAUAUGUUACACUGGGACGACUUUGGAAGAUGUAUAGCCUACAUGUCACCGACAGUUCGAACCAUUUCGUGGAUCAGACGGAUCUAGAAUAGCUCGUUUUAUCUAUUUAUUAUUAUUUUUUUCGAUAUCCCCUCUCCCCUGGACCUUUCUUUCGCGGGAAGAUGGGCUGCCUGGGGAAUAAUAAGACCGAAGAUCAGCGGAAUGAAGAGAAGGCGCAAAGAGAAGCGAAUAAGAAAAUUGAGAAACAACUUCAGAAAGACAAGCAGAUCUACAGAGCCACGCACAGGCUGCUACUUUUAGGUGCAGGAGAGUCUGGAAAGAGCACUAUUGUCAAGCAGAUGCGGAUCUUGCAUGUUAAUGGCUUCAAUGCUGAAGAGAAGAAACAGAAGAUUCAAGACAUCAAGAACAAUAUAAAAGAGGCCAUAGAGACUAUCGUGACAGCUAUGAAUACUCUGACUCCACCCGUCCAACUUGCCUGUCCAGAGAACCAACGACGAAUUGAGUACAUUCUCAAUUUGUCCAGUCAGAAGGACUUUGAGUUCACAUCUGAGUUCUAUGAGCAUACAAAGACUCUAUGGCAGGACGAUGGAGUGAAGGCCUGUUAUGAGCGCUCCAAUGAGUAUCAGCUGAUCGACUGUGCACAGUACUUUUUAGAUAAAAUAGACAUUGUUCAGCAGAGUGACUACACACCAUCUGACCAGGACCUGCUCAGAUGCAGAGUUCUCACCUCUGGUAUAUUUGAAACAAGAUUCCAGGUGGAUAAAGUGAAUUUCCAUAUGUUUGAUGUAGGUGGCCAGAGAGAUGAGCGGCGGAAGUGGAUUCAGUGUUUUAAUGAUGUAACUGCCAUCAUCUUUGUGGUGGCCAGCAGUAGCUAUAAUAUGGUCAUCCGAGAAGACAAUCAAACCAACCGCUUACAAGAAGCACUUAAUCUCUUCAAAAACAUCUGGAACAACAGAUGGUUGCGAACUAUCUCUGUAAUUCUCUUCCUGAAUAAGCAGGACCUCUUAGCUGAGAAGGUCAUGGCAGGAAAGUCAAAAAUUGAGGAAUAUUUUCCAGAGUUUGCUCGUUACACCACACCGGAUGAUGAACCUCAUUUUCCAGCAUCCCCUGAGACAGGAGAGGAUCCACGAGUCACAAGGGCAAAAUACUUUAUCCGGGAUGAAUUCCUGAGGAUCAGCACAGCGAGUGGAGACGGCCGGCACUACUGUUACCCACACUUCACCUGUGCAGUAGACACGGAGAAUAUCCGCCGCGUCUUCAACGACUGUCGAGACAUCAUCCAGAGGAUGCACCUCCGCCAGUAUGAGCUUUUGUGAUUGGAGGAUCUUCUUGAGCGACAGACUUUAAAAGCCUUUGUGAUUGAAGGAGGUUGUGAGUGAUGGAUUGCCUAAGAGCUGAUGGUCUAAAAGGAGAGGACGUGACUCACUCUCACUACCUGCUGACCUGCUCUUAUGCUGGGCCCCUUAUACAUGCAU